UUUUUUCUUGGCCUAGCGCCCAUAAAAAACUUGCGGACCGGCCUGCUGCGUGGGGUAUUUGGGCGGCGACCUUUGCAGGUGGUAUUUCCUCCAUCGUCUUGACUUCAGCUCCGGUUGGAGUGGAUUCUCGUUCCGAGAAUGGACAUAGCUUCAACCCCUCUCCAAGACCAGCCAAACCUCUCUCAAAAGAGAGUUGCUGUGGUCGGUGCUGGCAUCAGCGGCCUUGCUGCAGCAUACAGGUUGAAAUUGCAGGGUUUGAAUGUCACAGUAUUUGAAGCUGAUGGGAGAGCUGGAGGGAAGCUGAGAAGUGGUUCCCAAGAUGGCCUAGUAUGGGAUGAAGGAGCCAAUACCAUGACUGAAAGUGAAAUGGAAGUCCAAUUGUUACUGGAUUCUCUCGGACUUAGAGAGAAACAACAAUUUCCGAUCUCACAGAACAAGCGGUAUAUAGUCCGGAAUGGAACUCCUGUUUUGUUACCGAUAAAUCCUAUUCAGAUGAUAACUAGCAACUUUCUCUCUGUGGGCUCAAAGCUGCAAAUACUCAAGGAGCCUUUUCUAUGGAUGAAUAGGAAGCUCCCCAAAGAGUCUGAUAUGAAUGAAAGUGUGGGUCAAUUUUUUCAGCGUCAUUUUGGGAAGGAAGUUGUUGAUUAUCUGGUUGAUCCUUUUGUAGCCGGCACCACUGGCGGUGAUCCUGAUUCACUUUCUAUGACUCACGCCUUUCCUGAACUGUGGGAUCUGGAGAAAAGGUUUAGCUCAGUCAUAUUUGGGGCAAUCCAAUCUAAGAUAUUGUCUAAGAAGAAGAAUCAGGGAUCAAUUGAUGCUUCAAAGAAUAGGCAUAAGCGUGGAUCUUUUUCUUUUAUAGGUGGAAUGCAGACACUUACAGAUGCACUGUGCAAAAAACUAGGCGAAGAUGAACUCAAACUUUCAUCAAAGGUUCUGGAAUUAUCUUCUUGCCACAAAGAAAACUGUCUAGAUGGCUGGUUAGUUUCUUAUGCCACACCUCACGUAAUACAUUCAGUGGAUGAAUCUUUUGAUGCUGUUGUGAUGACGGCCCCCCUGUCUGAUGUCAAGAAUAUGAAGUUCACAAAGAAGGGAACUCCUUUUUUGCUCAACUUUCUUCCUGAGAUUGAAUAUGUUCCUCUAUCUGUCAUGAUCACGGCAUUCAAAAGAGAGAGCGUAAAACGACCACUUGAGGGGUUUGGGGUUCUUGUACCAUCUAAAGAAGAACAAAAUGGCUUGAAGACAUUAGGCACUAUUUUCUCAUCUAUGAUGUUUCCAGACCGAGCACCCAGUGAUGUCCAUCUUUACACUACAUUUGUCGGGGGGAGUCGAAAUAGAGAACUUGCAAAAGCUUCCAGGGAUGAACUGAAGCAGUUAGUAGCUUGUGACCUUAAACAGUUGUUGGGGGUGGAGGGAGAGCCAAUGUUUGUAAACCAUGUCUUUUGGAGUAAGGCAUUUCCUUUAUACGGCCGGAACUAUGGUUCGGUCCUGAAAUCAAUUGACAGGAUGGAGAAGAACCUUCCUGGAUUUUUCUAUGCAGGUAAUCAUAAGGGAGGGCUAUCUGUAGGCAAAGCAAUAUCAUCCGGUUGCAGUGCAGCUGACCUUGUAAUAUCAUAUUUGGAAUCCUCUUCAGUGGAGCAUCAGAAAUAACAAUGAAUGCUCAUAAGUGACAAGGGUAUGCAACUUGUACUCCCUCUUUCCCAUUCUAAGGUUCCCGCUCUCCUUUUUGGACGUCCCAUAGAAAGGUUCUCAUUUCUAUUUUAGCAAACCAUAUAUACUCUUAAAUGACAAUUUAAUCAUCAACAAUUAAAAAUAAUACAUCUUUAACAUCACACUUAUCAUCAAUGACCUUAUUAUAUUAUAUAUUCAUCAAAACUAUUUCUCAAAUAUACUCGGAUUACCUUAUUUAACUAUUGUCUAAAUAACCGUGUCAUUUUGCAAUGAGAACCUUUAAGCGGGAUGGAGGUAGUACUUCAUAAGCUUAGAGAGCAGUUGUGCAUUAUUAUUCCUGGUUAUUAAGCCAGUGCGUGGAGUACUCUAUUUGUCUUUUGAUUUUUAAUGACCACAUAUGGAGGGUUUAAAGUAGUUUACUCAUGAUCCCAAAUUGUACUUGCAUAUAAUUGUAUGUAUGUACGUAAUUAUUACAUAUAUGUGUGUGUGUGUUGGAGUUGUGCGUGUAUACAUAUUUCAUAUGUUUUUUUAUACGGUCUGCAAGGCUUAUUGUUAUACUCCGUAUAUUCA